GUCUUUCUCAUACGAGGCUCCCAUCCCCCCAGAACACCGUAGGCAUACCCAAAGCCAUCAUGCCUCAGAACCUUUUCUCUAUAACAAUAUUCUUUGUCACUUUCCGCGAAACCCUUGAGGCAGCGAUCAUCGUGUCAGUCCUACUUGGUCUGGUCAACCAAAUCGUCAAGGGGGACCCCGACACAACGCCGGAAUCCAGAUCGCAGUUGACCGGGUUUGUACACGAUGUAAUUAGCCCAACUGUGCACUGAGAUGCACUCCAAACAGCAUGCCUAAUGAACAGGUCGAACCGCAAAUGCGCACCAAGAUCGUGCGACGAAUGAAGAUGCAGAUUCUGUUGGGGUCUGCUGUUGGCCUCACCAUUGCCAUAGCCAUAGGCGGCGCCUUCAUUGCUGUGUGGUUCACUCAGGCUAAGAACUUGUGGACCAAAGCUGAGCAAUUAUGGGAAGGUGUAUUCCAGCUUAUCGCGGCGCUCAUGAUUUUUGUCAUGGGUAUAACGAUGCUCAAAAUGGACCGAGCAAAAGCAACGUGGCGCGUAAAAUUAAACCAGGCGUUUUCGGGUGAAAGUGUCGAGGGCCGCACAAAAUCCGGAAGAUGGGUUCUGUUUAUCCUUCCCAUGGUCACCGUCCUCCGUGAAGGUAUGGAAGGUGUAAUCUUCGUCGGUGGAGUAGCAGUUGGGCAACCUGCAACCUCCAUACCCAUUGCAGCCAUUGUUGGAAUCAUAUGCGGUCUCGUCUGUGGCUUCCUCAUUUACGAAUUUUCAAGUAGAUCCGCCCUCAAGGUCUUCCUGGUCAUUAUGACCAACUUGAUCCUACUCGUGGGCGCUGGCCUCUUCUCGAAGGCGGUGUGGGCGUUCGAGGAAAAUUCUUUCCAAAAAAUUGUCGGUGCCUCUAUCGACGAUACCGGCGGAACUGGUCCCGGCUCAUACGAUGUACGAGGAAACGUAUGGCACCUCGAUUGUUGUUCUACGGGCACAGGGGGGUGGCAAAUCUUCAACGGUGUUCUUGGUUGGCAAAACAGUGCUACAUUGGGUAGCGUGCUCUCGUACGUCUUUUACUGGUUAGCAGUAAUCACGGCUCUCGUAUACCUCAAGUUCAAAGAGGGACGCACGAAAUUAUUUGGUUUUGAAUCAUCGUCAGCGAACCGUCGGCGUUUGGCCCGUGAACACAGUCAACAGAAGGUAGACGAAGCCAUAGAAGACAAAGUAGACACCGGAAAUGGCACACAGCAAAUCUAACAAUGCUAGUCACGGACACUUGGCUUGCGGAUUUCGGAGGUUCAUGCUUGAAGAUGGAUAUCUCACUGAUACUACCUUUCGAGGUGUCUCCGCUAAGGAACUUGGAAUUGGUGGAAGCCGUGGAGAAACAGUCAGCAGCGGACGACGUCUGCACAUUUACCGCAAUGUUUGUACCAUAGAAGCGAACUCACCCCUUUGUAGUGAUAGGCGACUUCAGCCAUGUGUGAGGAAGCGAGGUUCCGAAGUUAGUGCCAUUCCCCUCGCAAAAUACUUGCCUCGAUGGUUAAACUCUUCAGUUCUCGGAAAGUAGAGCUAGAGAAGCAGCCUACGAUCACUGUGCACCAGCGCGAAGGUCUGGGUACCGCAGGUUUCAGUGAAGAAUAAGGUAGGCUCGGUGA